AUGACAGAACAAGAAUUAAAGCAACAAAUCAUCCAAUUAAAAAGACAAGUAUAUAUUUUAAGUUCUAAGUUUAGACAGUGUGAAAAGCAUGAUGAAGACCCUGAGUAUACUCAACGAUAUUUAGCAACUAAAACUGAGUGGAAAAAGAAACUACUCAACAUGCCUAAAAAAGAUAAAGAAAUACGAAGUUCUGAAGGAACAAGCAUUCCCGAAAGACAAUUAUCGCAAAAAGAAGCAAAGGAAGAAACAACCCCUCGCAACCUCUACCAAAAACUCACCCUAAUCCAAUCCCAAAUCAAAGAACUAAUUCGCACAGAAGAAAACAAAGGCCAAAGAUACAAAUUCUUCAACGAAUUACAAGUCCUCAACCUAUUAAAGCCCCUUCUAGAGAAGUAUCAACUUACCAUUCUAGUUAGUGAUACCGAAGAUAAAGAAUUAGUUUAUGAAAAAAAUAAUGACCCGGCUAAAGCCAAAGGUAGUGCGGAAACUUAUGCCAUGAAAUAUUUUUUAAGUAAAUUAUUUUUGAUGCCUGUCAAAGAUGAGGGGGAUCCGGAUUAUCAGGAGAGAUUCGAGGAAAAGGUGGAAGUAGUUAAAACUGCUCCUAAGCAGACUAUUAACAGUCAGCAGGUGGAAAGUUUGAUUAAUUUGUUUAGACAAAAGACGGCGGAUAAUAAAGAAAGGCAAACUAAGUUCUUGGAGGAGUUGGAUAAAGUGUUGGAGAAAAGAGGGAUUAGAGAAAAAACUACUAGUGGGAAUUUUAGGGAGAGAUUACAGGCCGAUAUCAUCAAAAACGCUCACAACGACUAUGAAAGGGCUGGUGCUAUUCAAGCCUUCGAAGUCUGCUAUGAAUUGGCCAAAAAUACUAUUCGUAAAGUCCUUUUACUCCGUGCCCAAGAAGUUCACAUUACCCCUAAAGAAAUCUUUCGUUUAGCCGCUUUAGAAGGCCUAAUCCCUGAUGCUGAAAUUUGGUUUGAAUUUGCCAAAAAAAGAAAUAAAACCAGUCAUACUUAUGAUGGAGAAGUAGCGGAAGAAAUUCUUAGUUCUUUACCUAAUUUUUUAUCAGCAUUAGACUUACUCAUUGCCAAAUUAAAACAAUUACCUGAAUGGACUGCCAGAAAAUUAUCUGACUUAGACUUGUGCUAUCAAGAAAAUAUUUCUGAUGCGACUGUUUUUCAAAUUGAGGAAGAAUUUAAAGAAAGUGAUUUGCCUUUUUUUGUGGAAUUA